UUUUUGGUCAUCUCUCCUUCUAAGAUCCACCGUCUACCAGCGGCGAAACAGGUAAAUCUAAGACAGGUAAAGUCUUCCCGCUGGUAGCCGUGUCGACGACUGUCCGGACAGAUUAGUACAUUGCAUCCAAACCCAGCAGCCGAUUAACCACAGGCUGAUCAAACUCAGUAGUAUGCCGAAGAAAAGAACGUUGUUAUACCCAUGGCAUCCUCCAGCAAGGGAACAGUCACCCGUCGAUUGCCUCAUCCCACUCCACUACCAGCUGCAUCCUCCUCCAACGAUGCGGAUUCCGAUGAUUCUUCCAAGUUGGACCGAAAUAUCCGAAGGAAACAGAUGAUUGCUGUUUUUGGUUCCGUGUUUUUAUUCUUCAUCCUGAUGAAUGCAGUGCCACUUGUCCUUACAGGGGAUCGGGCUACACAGCAAGUUGAAUUUCACACGGCCAUUCAACUAGACGACGACAACAAGAACACCGAAAUGCCGCGCUGGAUGAGGGACUACUUUCGAUGGCAUGCCCAACAACGCCGGAAAUUGACUGCCGGUAGCAAUGAAUGGAAGUCUAUGAAAUUUCUAUUGAUGCAAUGCCUACCCAAUAGCCGAAAAUGUGGCGGCACUGCUGACCGACUCAAGCCUCUCCCAGUCAUGCUCUUGAUGGCACACAAGAGUCGACGAUUGCUGUUGAUCAAAUGGGGUCGACCAGCGGAAUUGGAAGCAUUUUUGCAACCACCCCAAGGAGGCAUGGAUUGGCGAGUCCCUGAUUGGCUGCAUCAACAACAAGAAUUCCGACAAGGACCCCGAGCCACGAAUAUAGAAGAGCUCAUAGAAUUGACAACCAACUCAGAAGAAUUUCCAAUGGUCAAGGCCCGUGUCCAAGCACACGAUCAUGGGAGUGUGUAUUACAAUGAACAACGACAACAACCCGACGAACCAACGUUUGAACAAGUCUACCAUCUUUGUUGGCGUGUCCUGUUUACACCGGCACAUGCCGUGGCAAAACGUAUCGAACAACAAUUUGAAAAUUCUGGUAUGGUACCAGGUCACUACGUGGGCAUUCAUAUUCGAGCUCUGUAUGGGGUCAGCGAGCGAGAUCCUGCCAUGAUCGAGCACUGGACACGCAAUGCCAUCCAUUGUGCCUCUCAACUUGAGAAACAGCAGUUACAUUCAACCGCUGGUCCAUUCUAUCUGAGUUCUGAUUCUUCUGUUGCACUCGCUGUGGGCAUGGCCUACGGAAUGGAACUGGGUGCACAAGUAGUCACUCGACAAACAGCAGAAGAAAAAGCGCCCAAACAACCCUAUCACUUGGACAAGGCUCCGAAAUCGGCCAAGCCGUCAGAGUUCUACGAUACCUUUGUAGAUCUAUACCUGCUGGCCAUGGGUCGCUGUGUCACUUACAACAUGGGAGGCUAUGGCACCUGGGCAUUGUACAUUAGUCCAUAUACCAACCACAACAACCAAAGCUGUUCCUUUCAACACCACAACGCCAGUGGUAUUCACAAAUGUGAAUGGGCAGGAGCAAGGAACCCUUCCAAGGCAAUGACAAAGCAACAACAGACGACAAUACCCAACAAAGCUCUGUUCUUACCACCAAUGAAGUGACCGCAAGAACUUCUUGAAGAUAAAAAACGUAGGAGGAAAUCGAGGCGUGACCCAGGGAAGACACAAACGUAUCUGCCCUACCGAUUCGAUAACGGGUUGUACUGCGGCUUUGGCUUCAACCACAUCCGCUACAGUACCGCUAUGAUCGCUCACGCACCU